GACUCAGGGGAUUGUGGGAUUGCGGAGGACUGUCGAUCCGCUGAAGUCUGCACAACUGCCUGUUUCACUUUUAAUUUGUAUAAUUUAGGAUCGCUAGGAAAUGCCGGAGUCUGCAGUGGAAAGGGUGGUAGUUCACCCCUUGGUGUUACUCAGUGUGGUCGAUCACUUUAACCGAAUAGGAAAGGUUGGUAACCAGAAGCGAGUAGUAGGUGUGCUGCUAGGAUCCUGGCAUAAGAAAAUUCUUGAUGUCUCAAACAGUUUUGCAGUCCCAUUUGAUGAGGAUGACAAAGAUGACUCUGUGUGGUUCCUAGACCACGAUUACCUUGAGAACAUGUAUGGCAUGUUCAAGAAAGUCAAUGCCAGAGAGAGAAUAGUUGGCUGGUAUCACACAGGCCCCAAACUGCACAAGAAUGACAUCGCCAUCAAUGAGCUGAUGAAGCGAUACUGUUCCAACUCUGUUUUAGUCAUCAUUGAUGUGAAGCCAAAGGAUUUGGGCCUGCCCACAGAGGCCUACAUCUCUGUAGAGGAAGUGCAUGAUGACGGCACUCCCACAUCAAAGACAUUUGAACAUGUGACCAGUGAGAUUGGCGCAGAGGAGGCAGAGGAGGUGGGCGUGGAGCACUUGUUAAGAGACAUUAAGGACACAACCGUAGGCACCCUGUCCCAGCGCAUCACCAACCAGGUGCAUGGCCUGAAAGGAUUAAACUCGAAGCUACUGGACAUCAAGAGCUACUUGGAGAAGGUGGCUACCGGCAAGCUGCCCAUCAACCACCAGAUCAUCUACCAUCUUCAGGAUGUCUUCAACCUGCUGCCCGACGUCAACCUGCAGGAGUUCAUCAAGGCUUUCUACCUCAAGACCAAUGACCAGAUGCUGGUGGUGUACCUGGCUUCGCUCAUCCGCUCUGUGGUGGCCCUGCACAACCUCAUCAAUAACAAGAUCGCCAACCGCGACGCUGAGAAGAAAGAGGGCCAGGAGAAGGAUGAGGGCAAGAAGGACAAGAAGGACGACAAGGACAAAGAUAAAGAGAAAGGGGACGGCUCCUCAAAAAAAGACGACAAGAAGGAGAAGAAAUGAACUUGUAAAAAGUAAGAGAGAACUUUGCUAAUGGCGGCAUGCUGAGGACCUUUAUUUUUUUUUUUUAUUAUUUUUUGUCAGGGUUUUGUAAAGUACGCCUCCCCUGGCAUAAUAUAUUGGGGUAGGAGUGCAAUGUAUUUAACUGUUUGUUUGUUAAAGGAUCUCUGAGUUCUGUAUUCAGUCUUAGGAUGAAAAGGAAUAAAGUUUUUUUUUGUGA